CGUUGAAGAGAUCAGCGUCAUCCCCGGCUAAAGACGAACGGUUUUAUCCAAGACUAACGAUAGACUCAAAAGAAAAUUCUAUUAUGCAUUCAUCACCUCAUCAAUUUAAACUUGGAUCACUAUCAGUUUGCUAUCUGUACAGCGAGGAGUACAUUCGACUUUGUAACAAAUUGCCGAAAAUACCAAACAGAGCUAGCAUGGUACACAGUUUGUUAGAAGCGUAUGGACUACUGGAUCCGAUAACAGUGUUACGGUGUAGAAAAGCAACUCAGCAUGAGCUUACCUCCUUCCACACAACCGACUACAUUGAAUAUUUACAGAAAAUCAAUGAUGAAGAUGACAGUGAAAAAGUCGAUGAAAUGUCUCAGGAAUACGGAAUGGGUUAUGAUUGUCCAUCUAUGCCUGGUGUAUAUGACUUAGUAGGCUGUGUUGCUGGUGCCACCAUACAAGCUGCCCAAUGUUUACUAGAUGGAACAGCUGAUGUAGCUAUUAAUUGGUUCGGGGGAUGGCAUCAUGCAAAAAGAGACGAGGCUGCUGGUUUUUGUUAUGUGAAUGAUGUUGUACUUGGUAUACUUAAACUGAAAGAAAAGUUUAAUAGAAUAAUGUAUAUAGACAUAGAUCUUCACCACGGAGAUGGUGUGGAAAAUGCAUUUUCAUUCACUUCAAAAGUAAUGACUGUGUCACUUCACAAAUAUGCACCAGGAUUUUUUCCAAGUACUGGUAAUCAGAAUGACAUCGGUAUUGGUAGAGGUAAAUUUUACACUGUCAAUGUACCACUGUAUGAUGGUAUACAGGAUGUACAAUAUAACAGUGUCUUUAACAGGGUACUUAACGAGGCAAAGCGCUGCUACAAUCCUGAGGUAAUUGUACUGCAGUGUGGCGUUGAUACCAUCAGUGGAGAUCCCAUGUGUUCUUUUAACCUAACACCGCAUGGUAUUGGUAAAUGCCUUAAAACCACACUGGAUUGGAAACUACCUAUGUUGGUGCUUGGAGGAGGUGGCUACAACAUACCGCACACUGCACGUUGCUGGGCAUACUUAACGUCUAUUGUACUAGGACAAGAAAUACCAUCUGAAAUACCAGAACACGAGUACUUUACAGAGUAUGGACCAGAUUAUCAGUUGGAAAUCGAACCAAGUCUAAGAAAGAAUCACAACAGUGAUGAAUACAUCAGUAACAUUCUGACAACAAUCUCAGGAAAUCUACAGAAAAUCCCUUCUCCCACUUCAUGAUUUGGGUGCAAUAACAUUGGUUUUCAACACCAGCUGUGCUUUGUCUACAAUCCUGCCACCAAGCAUUACAAGUGAACUGUGACAGAGUAUAAAGACGAUGAACUUAUACAACCACCAUGCUAUGAGCUUCGAGCUUUCCAGUUGGCAUUCACGUUCAAGUUGUUUGAUGCAUAUUAUUCAGAAACGAUUGGUUGUUUGAAUUAACUGUUGCUGGAUUCAGAUUGAGGGAUUUGUGCGAGAAGAGUUUUUUAAUCUCACUUAAAAAGGAUUAGUUUUAAUCUCCAUUUCUAUGACAAAAUGUCUACAAGAACUUCCACCACUA